GAUUUUAAAAGCAGAUUGCACGCUGUGACAACAACAAAAAAACGAGAAAAAUAUCAUCAUAAUGGGCGCAGGUGAAAAGAAUUGGUUAACUCUGCGCGUCGGUGAGGCAGGAUCCACUGGCUGCCCAGAGAAUGAAGUCAAGCCAGUCCAACAUUCAGUCUUACUGGACCAACGCUAUAGUCAGGUCGAGAAUGGGAGCACUGGGAAAGACUGUCCAAGUAAUAUCAUCUCGACAGAAGACAUAAAUCGAGGUAUUCCGUCAAACAGCACAGUGCCCAUAUCCCCGAGGAUGCAAGAGUUGCUGGAAGGCUUGAACGAGCCCGGCGACUGUGGCAACCCCAUAGAGCCUCCUUCCUGGUUGGACAGACAGCUCUUCAAUCGAGGGAGGGACUUCUACUACCGUUAUUUAUUCUGCAUGAGUUUCUCCGAAGUGCUGGCUCUCGUAUUCAUGUUCAGCAUGAUGCGAGCGCUUCGACCCCUCAUGUACACCGGCCGCUCGGACUCCCCGCGCAAGGCUCUGCGGCGAUACUUCUCAACCUUCCAGCACGUGACUGCCUGGCACGAGGGGGACGUCUGGGACGCCACCGACCGCGCCCACAAGGACCUGCUGUCGGUGCGAGCCAUACACAACAGGCUGUCUGGCGUCUUCAACUCUUCAGCGGAGCACGACAAAGUGUGGAACACAAGCAUCCACGACAAGGGCCACCAAGAGCCUGCCUGCCCCUUCUACCACACCAUCCGCGAGGACCUCAAGGACCAGACCGGGGAAGGCCUCUCGCUCGAGGGGCCAGACAACCCCCCCUUCUUCAUCAGCCAGUGGGACAUGAGUCUGACGCAGUACCAGUUCAUGGGCUUGGUGGUGGCCCACCCGCACAAGAUGGGUGCCGGAGCAGCCACGGACGAGGAUCUGGAGGGCCUCGUCCACUUCUGGCGAGGACUGGGCUGGCUUCUCGGCAUAGACGACAAAUACAACUUCUGCCGAGGCUCCUUGGCCGAAGUGCGCUCACUGUGCCUGGAGGUUGAGAGGCUGGUUGGCAUCCCGGCGCUGGCGAAGGUGGACUGGAAUUACGAGCACAUGACCCUCUCCCUCGUCACGGGGUUGAGCCACCUCAUGCACACACUCUCGUUCGAAUCUGGCUUUCGUUACGUGGCAUAUGUCCUCGAUCUCGACAUACCCAACUUCGUCAGCCGAAUGUCCUUCAUUAGCAAUGUCAAGUACUGGCUUAUGCGAUUUGGCAUUGGUCUCCUGUAUUACUUCCCCGGACUAGUCUUUCGCUUUAGUGAUAUGCUGCGGAAAGUGACAGAAGACUUCAAGAAACGUCUCUCAACGAAAGGGUAAACAACGAAAGUGAUAACAAAGCAGGAAAUCUUUACCCAGUAAGGACACCCGACAAUUAUUGAUAUUAUUGAUAAUUUCCAAGCCCCUGAGACUAAAAGCGGUGGCUAAGGAACUGAUCUCAGAAUGAGCACUUGCGGUGGGAUAUUUUGGCAUAGUAUAAAUGGUUGCUUUCAUUUCAUCUUUUGGAUUCUGCUAUUGUAGGUUUGAAUCCAGUGAAAUUAAGCUUUAAAUUUGUUUAGAACUGGCCAUGUCUGUCUUUAUUUACCAGUAGACAAAAGCAAAGAAAACAUAGCGAAUGGUAAUCAUAUGGAAGUGCCAGCCAUGUGACAGAAAAUAAUUUUGUUUCUUAGUAGAUGCCACUUAUCUUGGCAACUCCCAAGAAUACUAUAAAAGAUACACCCCUGCCCUUUACAUGCAUCUAAAGCCAUAUAUUUUUUAGUCAAAAUGUUCACAAUUAAUUUUUCAUUCACCAUUUUUAUGUAGGCUUACACUCUACUUAUGAGACACUUGUCUUGAAAAAUAUUACAAAGUGUACUGUACACUUCAUUUUAAUGUUAAGAACAAUUAACAUUACAUUAUGUGAAUACAUUAAAUGGAUCAUUAAGUCUCAACAUAAAACCUGGUUAUUUUAAAU